AUUUUGUUAUUGUGAGAUAUGGGAGAGAGAGAAAGAUCUAUGAAUUGGAGGGAAUGAUGAACAGUUAAUUUAACUCCAUUGUGAUUCGAGAAAGUUCGUAAAAUCAAAGGGAAUCUUCUUAGGGUUGAUGCGAUUCGAUCCAUAGUGAUGUCGAAGAUGAAGCAUCUCCUGCGGAAGCUUCACAUAGGAGGUGGAGCCAUCCACAAUCGUCAUCACCGGUUAGAUCCUUCGUCACCGCCACGGACUGAGUCCACGUCUUCUUCUUCAUCUUCUUCUUCUGCUGCUGCUGCUUCAUCGGCGGAUUUCACUACAUCAUCGGUGACGGCGGUCAAUCAGGGGGCAAUGGUUGGUCUAGGGGAGUCCACGGAUGAAUCCGCGGAUUUCAAUUUCUUCGAGGAAGAGUUUCAAAUGCAACUUGCUCUUGCAAUUAGUGUGUCCGAUCCCGAUUCACGUGAAGAUCCUGAUGCCACGCUUAUGAAUGUUGCUAAGCAGAUAAGCUUGGCGUGUUCACCUUCUGAAACCCUCGUUGACUCUCUUUCUCUUCAGUAUUGGAGUUAUAAUUUUGUGAACUAUGAUGAGAAAGUGAUGGAUGGGUUUUAUGAUGUAUAUGGUUUAUCCUCUGGCUCUCAACAGAAGAUCCCCAUGCUACUGGAUCUCCAAGCAAUAUCUGUUUCUAAUAAUGUUGAUUGUGAAGUUACAUUAGUGAACAGGCCAAUUGAUCCCUUCCUGCUUCAGCUUGAGGAAAGAGCUUAUCAAAUUUCUCUGGAAUGUCAGUUGCUUGGAAAAGCUCCAUUUCUUGAUGGCUUAAUCCAGAAGAUAGCUGGUCUUGUUGUUGAUAGGAUGGGGGGUCCUGUUAGUGAUGCUGAUGAGAUGUUGAAGAAGUGGACUUUCAGGAGUUAUGAAUUACGUAAUUCUCUCAACAGCAUUGUCCUUCCUCUUGGCUAUAUUGAUGUUGGGCUUUCACGUCACCGUGCCUUGCUUUUUAAGGUACUUGCUGAUAGAAUCAACCUGCCCUGUAUGCUGGUAAAAGGCAGCUAUUUUACUGGGACCGAUGAGGGAGCUGUAAACCUGAUCAAAUUCAGCGAUGGAAGUGAAUACAUAAUUGACCUUAUGGGUGCUCCAGGCAUAUUAAUUCCUGCAGAGGUACCAAGUACUCAGCUUCAGACUUCAGGGUCAUAUAUCAGUCAUGUUCCAGAAGAUUUUGAUAUUGUUACUGAACUAUCUCCAUCAAUUAAAGAAAAUGGUGCAGUGGUUGUUUCCACUAAUAUUCCAAGAGUUGUGCCUGCUGCUAGUUCUACUUCACUAGACGAGUCCAUCUUGAAUUUUCUGCCUCAAGGAAGUGUGAAAAAUCUCAAAGAACAAAAUGAAAAAGAGAGAUUUGAGCGCGAGUUUGGAAGGUUUAGUCCAUUACCAUGCAUGAUGCCUAAAGGUGGCCCCUCCUUCGGGGAUACGUCAGCUUCUGAUGCUCAAAAUAUGAAAGUUAGUGAUGUUUCCAGAUAUGUCAUUAGUGCAGCAAAAGAUCCAGAAUUUGCUCAGAAACUUCAUGCCGUUUUGUUAGAGAGUGGGGCAUCACCUCCUCCAGACUUAUUUUUGCAUAUGGGUUCACAAAAUACGCAAGUAGAAAUGCUUGGAGAUUCAAGAUCUUUAAAUGUGAAGAAGAUGGAAGAUGCAUCACCUUCUGAGAGGCCUCUUGUUAAUUGUAGAAUUGGUGAACCAAACAAGAUUGAUAACAGAAUAAGUAUGUCUGAUGACAAGGAGCAUUAUGUUGAAGAUAAGACAGGGAAGAUUUUUAACAAAACUGGGCAGUACAUAGAUUUUUCCCCAGUAUUGGAAAUAGCAAACGAACUUACUUCUCGUAGUGCAGUUGCUGAGAGAAUAAGCCCAGCCCUGGGUGAAGUUGAGGGAUGGGAGAUAUCUUGGGAAGAACUUCAGAUUGGAGAACGUGUUGGUAUUGGUUCAUAUGGGGAGGUCUAUCGUGCCGAAUGGAAUGGCACUGAAGUUGCUGUUAAGAAGUUUAUUGACCAAGACAUCUCUGGAGAUGCACUCGAUCAGUUCAAAUGCGAGGUUGAGAUUAUGCUGAGGUUGAGACAUCCAAAUGUUGUUCUCUUUAUGGGAGCAGUUACUCAUCCACCAAAUCUCUCUAUACUUACAGAGUACCUUCCUAGGGGAAGCUUGUACAAACUGCUGCAUCGGUCAAGUAAUCACCUACAUGAAAAAAGGCGAAUGAGAAUGGCACUUGAUGUGGCUAGGGGAAUGAACUACUUACAUACAAGUAAUCCUGUUAUAGUACACCGAGAUCUAAAGACUCCAAAUCUUCUUGUUGACAAUAAUUGGGUGGUUAAGGUCUGUGACUUUGGAUUGUCACGAAUAAAGCAUCAUACAUUCUUGUCAUCCAAGUCAACUGCAGGAACGCCGGAAUGGAUGGCACCAGAAGUUCUUAGGAAUGAACCAUCCAAUGAGAAGUCAGAUGUAUAUAGUUUUGGUGUGAUAUUGUGGGAGUUGGCGACCCUCCGAGUACCUUGGUCUGGAAUGAACUCAAUGCAGGUCGUUGGAGCAGUAGGAUUUCAGAACAAGCACCUAACUAUUACCGACGAAAUUGAUCCAACUGCAGCCACUGUUAUACUUGAUUGUUGGCAUCCGGAUCCACAAUCAAGGCCUUCAUUCAGUGAGCUUAUUUCGCGCCUUCGACAACUUAAACAUCUUCAAAUCCCAUCCACCGAACAAAAAUGUUUGGACUCGUUCUAAAUGAACUGAACGACAAAACAGAUACUAUCACUAGCAGAAAAAAGCUCAUUAUAAUAUGGCUCAAAGAGCCGGGGCUGGAGUUUGUGUAGUUUGCAAAUAUAAUACAUAAAAGAAAGAACAACGCCUGGUGCUGUUCGCGAUAUCCUUCUAAUAAGACAGCGUGAAGGAUACAAAUCGAUGCCUCGGUGUGUGUAACCUUCUUUUUACCAAUUAGUAGCAUUAGUUACAGUUUUACUUAAGAAAAUCGGGUAAAGAAAAAGAGAAAUGAAGGAAAAAAAGUUUUCUUCUUUUGCGGUUUCUUUGUUGGCAACCAACUGUAUAGUUUAUUGGGUAAAUUGUGAAUGGCGUUUGUAAAAGGAAUGUAUACUCCAAAGAAAAAGAUCUUUGAAUAUUUAUAGGG